AUGCAUGAAUCCGAUAAUAAGAACUCUUGGUUUGAUGACCUUUGUAACACGCCUCUGCAACCGGACAUUUUUAUGGUUCAGAUUAACCAGGGAGAGAAGCUGUUUGUCUUCUCCAAGACGAUGUUUAAAGGGACUUGGAUUAUCCUCAAGUUUCCCCAUGAAGUCUGCAAAAACUGGGAAGGGCUCCUGAACGUGACCUGGUACCUCCGCAGUUCCCACUGCCACCAUGAAAUUUAUAUAACUGACAAUGAAGCUUUGACCUACUUGAGGAAUCCUGACAUUGAGGCCAGCGUCCCUGGAGAUGGCCAGUACAUCUGGAACUCCACCUUGGUUAAAUGCGGCCAGUUUCACAAGUUGAGUGUCCAGGAACUCCCACAUCCGAAAAAGUUGAAGCACCUGCCAGUUCAAAAGACUGCUGUGGGAAAGAGGGAGGCUCCCAAAGCAGCAGAAGACAAGGCAGACAAGAAGGAGAAGGGGUCCAGCCCCCCAAAUCCAGAUGCCCAGAAGCCCAGCGAGAUCAAGGACACAAAGCUGUCUCCCUCGGCCGAUGAGAAACCGACAGAAGACCCCAAGAAGAAAGUCAACGGGACCAAGAUAAAGUUAGAGCCUGUCACAGUGGCUGAAACCUGGAAGGAUGGCCCGUACGUCUUCAUCCUCAGCAUCACGAGCCCGUCGCCCAACUGGGACCUCUCGAUUGACGUUCACAUGAAACAUCCUGAGUACGUAUACAUCUCUGCCUCGGAGUGGCCCCUCAAAGUGUUCUACAUGGUGAUGUGCAUCGUCUACGUGCUCUACGGCGUCUUGUGGCUGAGCCUGCUGGCCUGCUACUGGCGAGACAUUCUGCGCAUCCAGUUCUGGAUCGGCGGCGUCAUCCUGCUGGGCAUGUUGGAGAAAGCCGUCUUCUACGCCGAAUUCCAGAGCAUCCAAAGCGAGGGAGAAUCAGUUCAAGGGGCCGUGAUUUUCGGGGAGGUCCUCUGCGCGGUGAAGCGGAUGCUGGCCCGGGUCCUCGUCAUUAUCGCCAGCCUGGGAUACGGCAUUGUCAAGCCGCGGCUGGGCGCCCUCCUGAACCGUGUGGUUGGCGUCGGGCUGAUGUACCUGGUCUUCUCCAUCAUCGAAGGCGUGCUGCGGGUGAAAUCCGAACAAGCUAACAUAGUCACCCUUUCCUGUGAGAUAUUUCUUGCUUUUGUGGACUCCUGUAUCGUCUGGUGGAUAUCCUUUGCCCAAAAUGGCUCCUCCCUCAUCUUCAUCGUCUGGACCACGAAGACCUUCCAUCUCGCCACUUGCCAAUCCGACUGGCGGGAACUCUGGAUCGACGAUGCUUUCUGGAGAUUCCUCUUUUCCAUCCUCCUGCUGGUGAUCAUGUUCCUGUGGAGACCCUCUGCCAAUAAUCAAAGAUACGCCUUCAUGCCGCUGGUGGACGAGGGCAGCGAGCAGGAGGAGGAGGGCGAAGACGAGCAGGUGGUCAACGAAAUCUUCGGGAUGAAGAUGAGGGGGGGCAAGCCGGAGGUCAACGGGAUUUUGAAAGGCAACCGAGUGAUGCAGGAUGAAGACUUGAAAUGGGUUGAAGAAAACAUUCCCUCUUCCAUGGCUGAUGUCAUGUUGCCUCCAUUGCUGGACUCCGAUGAGGAAAUAGUGACCACAAAGUUUGAAAUGUCCAAGAUGGAAUAAAAUUGUCGUUGUGGCCAGUUGCUUCGGCCGCGUUCACUUUCUGACGGGUUUUGUACAAAGGAGGCCUCGGAGACGCCCCUUCUUCUCCUC